GGGGACGAAAAACAGCAUCUCACCAUGAUGGACUUCAUGAGAUUGGGGUUUGGAGUUUAGUGCAAAGAAAAGCAGUAAGGACAGAGGCGACAGCACCCCAAUGAGGAAGUGGAGCAGGUGAAAGGCAUUCCCUCCAAUCAGACGCCCAAGCAGUGGCCCUGACAACCCAACAAAAAUAAAUAAAAAUACCACAACUGGAGCCUUUAGUUGUUCAUGAUGCCCCUGGUCACGAGGCUCCUCUUCGUCUUUGUGCCGGUCUGUGCAGCUGUCGCUGAGCUGUCAUUGAGCCCGCGUUCUGCACAAGCCAGUUCCGUCGGCGUCCUCCGUGCUGAUGUUGUGAAGACGUAUUCUCAAUCGAGCCAGCCGCACAACGCAAACAAUGUUUUUCAUUCCCGUCAUAGAGGCCGAGAUUACAAACCGUUCCAAUCGGAGAUAACGGGACCGACCGACAGGCUUUUCGUCCGGCAAGGCGAAAACCUCUACCGAUACCCGGUGGUGGUUCUGAAAUCGGCACCUGGUCAUCCCUUACAUCCGAGAUCCAGGAACCGCAAAGAAGACCUGAGAAGAGGUGAAGAGGUACCCAGUGGGGACGCUCCUAAAAUAUCUGCAAGAAGAGGAGAUCCAUCAGAAGGUCAGUCGGUGUGGCAAAGGUUGUCGCAGCCGGCACGAUAUCUGACCGCGAGCCGCAAGGAGCCCACCAAAGCGGACGUGCCGAAAAUGUCCGACAGGAUUAGACCCGGCAGGUUUCCGCUGAGACCCGUGACCGCCUCAGUGGAGAAAAACCCGCACUCCUCUGUUUUCAAACACAGCAACUGGCGGGAAAAAUCGAAGAAGGAAGAGUCGUUGGCCUUCAAGCCGUCUUUUGUCAGUCGAGAAGAUUUCGGGAAGCCUUUACGUUCCUCUGCCGUAUCCAAAUCUGAGAAGGACAAAAGUAUUCCAUUGUACAGCUGGACGAUGUCCGCCAAAGACGACGCGGGCCGGAACGCCGGGCGGCGGUAUCCAGUCCCCUCGAGAGUCUAUUUACCUGCACGCUUUUCAGCUCAAAGCCACAAGGAUGCGCUUUUGCCAAGCGGCUCGGCGGCCAUGACAACCAGGAAACCUCUGUUGUCCUUCAAACAGUUAGUGACGGGACGCUCCCGUCGGCCGGCCUCCAUGGCCUCUGCCGGUGACUCUGCGACCAAUAAGGGAAGAAGCUUCAAAGCGGCCAAUAUUUACCCCUCUCUCUUGUCCAAAUACACUUUCAACCGGAGAAGAGUUGAGCCAACAGCCGCUCCGUCGGCGACUGGAUUUCCAUAUCCCCAAAACCUGGAUCGCGGGCAGCUAAAACAGCCAUCAAAUCAGGUCAAGGGUCAAGCCAGACCAUCUGAGAAAUCUGCCGCUCAGCAGAUUUUUCAAGGUCUAAACCAGAAUUAUACAAGCCCGGUUGCAAAUUGGCCUCUACGGUACAGAAACCAACAAAACCAAACUGCGGGCGGCGGUGUCCCGAAAGGCACCGAGCGGAAGCUGGCCGAGGGCAAGUCGAGGCUCUUCGGCACGUCUACCAGCAGCACGGCGAGAGGUAGACGCGUGAACACGGCCCAUCACGCUGGGCCCAAGCGUGUCGCCGCAAACUGGCCCAUCGUCAGGCUGCCCAAAGGCGGCGCCAUCACCACUCUGACGCCGACGGCCGCUCCCACAGAACCCGGAGUUGGGUUCUCCAGUAGUGAGGUACCGGUGCCCACCGGUGACGACAAAAGCCGUACGACGACUCUUAAUGGCGAGAACGUCAAAACGGACCGUGAAUCAAACAGAAGCGACGUGUUUGACGACGGGACCAACGAGACGCUGCAGGAAGAUUUGUUGGAAUUAAAUUACCUCCGAAUUGCUACAGGAAACAUCUCCUUCAAGUCCAUUUGAGGUUCGG